AUGUCGUUUUCGGAUGAACUAAUCAUGUUUGAAGGACAAAAAAAGCUUAUUGCCGAUGAGCUUUCUUACGACAUAGAGGAAAUGACGUUGGAACACGAUAAAUUGUAUAAGGGUCUAACUGAUGAGCAAUCCAUCAUUUAUCGGAGAGUAAUGGAUGUUGUGUCGAGUCAAGAAGGAGGUGUGUUUUUCAUCUAUGGCUACGGAGGGACCGAAAAAACAUAUGUCUGGAAGACAUUAUGUGCUGCAGUAAGGAAGAUGCGCGAAAUUGUAUUGCCUGUAGCUUCGAGUGGAAUUGAUUCUCUCCUCCUUCCACGGGGAAGAACGGCGCGUUCGAGAUUUGGUAUCCCUUUGAAUGUAACUGAGAAUUCUAUAUGUGUCGGAAUUCGUCCUGGGUCGUAUUUAGCUGAUCUUCUUAUCAAGACAAAACUUAUUAUAUGGGAUGAAGCGCCCAUGAUGCAUAAGUAUUGUUUUGAAGCACUUGAUAGAAGUUUGAGGGACAUAAUGAGGUUAGUUGAUAGGAGAAACAUGCAUCGACCGUUUGGGGGUAAAGUUAUUGUUUUUGGUGGUGAUUCAUGA